UCAAAUUGCUAUCGAUUAUUUUGGGCUAAAGAGGUUGGACAAGUUCCAAUUAGUAUCAAAUGGCCUAUCCAACAGACUGGACUCCCCUUAACAGCAAUGGAGUGGUUGUUCAAAGUGACACUAGGGCUGAUUGUAAUUGCUGGCUUAGCUGAAGGCACGCAGGCUCAAAGUACUGAUUUUGAGAUUCGCUGCGGUCGGUUUUCGUUUGCGUUCUUCGCCAACCCGAGCGAUUGCGGUAGGUUCGUGUUCUGCGAUGAAGGAGUGCCGGUUGAGCACGAGUGCGAGCCGGACGAGAUCUGGUCCCAGCGAGACGCUAGCUGUGUGCUGGGAGAUAGGGAAACCUGCGAACUUUGGGAUGCACGGGAUGCUUGCCUUGGGUUGGACGAUGGACACAUUGGUUUUCCGAGAAAUUGCGAAAGGUACAUAAACUGUUUCGAAGAGCAGGCCGAGAUUGUGGAUUGUGCGCUGGGAUGGAUUUAUGUGGAAAAUGGAACCGAUUGUGUGAUCGGCAGUGCGACGCUGUGCAAAUCGUUGGAAUAUCUUUGUACAGAUAACGAAACACAAAAUCUUUUCAUUCAUCCCGAUUUUUGCGAUGCCUUUAUUAGUUGUGACGCAAAUGAGAUUAUGUUGGACUUUUGUCCCGCAAAUGAAAUUUUUCGUUCGGAUAUCCAAUUUUGCGCUCCAGGUGAUCCGGAAAGAUGUACUCCUACUAGAUUGGACGAUCUUUGUGUAGACAGGCCCAGCGGUAUUGUUGCGCAUCCUCAAGGAUGCACCAAAUUUGUGGAAUGCUACGAGAACAGUCCAACCGAAGUGCAGUGCCAGCGAGGUGAAGUAUUUAACCCACGGAAUGCGGAGUGUGUUGUCGGUAAUGAUGAGACUUGCGAGGUGUUGGGUGAAGUGUGCAAUAACCAACCAAAUGAAUGGGUAAUCGAAGCGCUAAAUCAUUGUGACCUUUAUAUUAGGUGCUCCGACAAUAGCUCUUCGCUGCGUUCAUGCUCACCGGGUACCAUUCUUCGCCCAGAUAUGCAAUUUUGUGUUCCAGGCCACAACGAAACUUGUGAGUUUACUCCUCUUGAAGAAAUGUGCAAUGAGUUACCUUUUGGAGCGGUUUUUCCUCAUCCGCAUGACUGUGGGAAGUAUGUGAGCUGUGCAAUCAAUUCAGUUUUGGAAAUUCCUUGUCCAGUGAAUCACAUCGUUAGACCGGGCACUAUCGAAUGUGUUCCCGGGGACCCUGCUACCUGUCAACUUUUAGAAGGUUUAUGCAUCGACAGAAACGACGAGAGAAUCCCUCAUCCAACUGAAUGCGGCUCCUACAUCCACUGUCACGAUGAUCAGUCAGCCAUUCUGAUGUGUCCUUCAGGAGAAAUAUUUGAAGAGAUUGGACAAAAGUGUAUGCCGGGAAAUACCGUAACAUGUGAGCCGUUGAUUUGCAUUGAUCAGGAGACUGUUGUUUCACCUCACCCUAAUCUAUGCAACUUGUUCAUUCAAUGCGAAAGCGAAAAAGUUUUCCUACAACAGUGUAUUCAAGGAUCCAUAUUUCAUCCAACUUUACUAGUUUGCACGCCGGGUAAUAUUACCAGUUGCGUUUUAGAUCCAGUCGAAGAAAUGUGCGUGGAACGAUUCGAUGGAACACGUUAUCCUUAUCCGUAUAUACAUGAAUGCACCCGGUACGUCGUCUGCAUCAAUGGUCAAUCCAAUGUACGAUCCUGCCCUGACGAACAUGUCCUGCUACCACAAUAUUUGGAAUGCGUACCAGGCGACGUUGAUACUUGUGAACAUUUUGAAGAUCUCUGCUCCCCAGACCAUGAAGAAAUCUUUCCUCAUCCCAGCAGAUGUGAUAUCAGAAUCGUGUGCAUCGCUGGAAAGCCUGUUCUAGAAUUUUGUCCCGAUGGGCAAAUCGUUGAUCGGGAAUCGUUGCAAUGCGCUCCUGGUGACAUCAACGACUGUUCAACACACGAGUUCCAAUGCGAUGGCCAGCCUGAUGGUGAUUAUGAGAACCCAGAUGACUGCACCCAAUUUAUCCGUUGCAUCUCUGGAGAGGCAUCGAAACUGAACUGUCCAGAUAGCGAAAUUUACCGCCCGGAAGUGGCGUUUUGUGUUCCCGGUGAUGCUACUAACUGUGAAUAUUUUCCGCUGGAAACAAUGUGUUUAAGUUGUCUAAAUGAUCGACAAUAUCCUCAUCCGGUUGACUGCGAUAAAUUUGUCAUUUGUCAAAAUCAAGAACCAACGGUGCAAGAGUGUGAACGAGGUACAGUUAUUCAGCCUGGAACAACGGACUGUAUCGCUGGAAAUACUGAAAAUUGUGAAGUGUUAGCUUUGUGUAGGGGAACGCGGGGCAAGUCCGACACCUUAAGCGCAAUAAUUUUUCUAAAAUUCCACAAAGUUCCUAAAAUUGUAUAUUCUGUGCAUAAUCCUUGUUUAGGUGGUUCUUAACAAAAUAUAAUUUUUUCAGCGUUUCAAAAAAUUGAAUUCAUUAAAAAUUAUUGGUUGCCAAAAAAUGGAGAAAAAUGUCAUUUUAAAAACGCUGCGGGUAAGACCGACACCCCAAAGGGGCAAGAGCGACCCCCUUUUGAUCUUUCUUUCUGUCUAAUUGUUUCCAAUGUAUUGUGUAUGUGUGAUAACGUGCAAUUAUGUGUAUAUGAGUAUGUGUGAUGCAAACGCAUACUUUCUGUAGUUUCAUCGCGUAGCAAGAGGAAGAGCAUUCGAAUGCGUGGUGUUAUGAAUAAAUCAUGUUUAACGCAUGGU